UGCCUUCUGUUGCUUUGGAAAAUAAGUUGACCCCUUCCUCUUUGUGGCAGCCUAGCCGACUCCUUUACGGCCACCGCUUGCUAUGCAGCGGAGGAGCUCAAAGGGUCGCCGCGCUCCUCAGGGACGUUCACCAGCCCUUUGCGCUCGCCCGCCCCGCGCUCCGCCUUCCAUGGAGGGGAAGGACGAUGGCGGCGAGGAUUGCGUGGCCGCAUUUCCGGGGGUUGCUGGCCCACCGCUCCUGCCGCAGUCCCCGGUCCCUGCUGCAGGCCAGGCCGACUAUGGCGAGCCCGUCGCCUAGCCGGCUGAGAAGUACCGGCCCAGGCUUCGCCACUGGGGCUGCUUCCCUGGCGCGCUCUGGAGGCUUCGUGGGAGGCCGCUGGCUCCAGGCGGCAGCCACUUUCCCCGUGCGGGACCCGGCCACCGGCACGGAACUCCUCCAGGUAGCGGACUGCGGUGUGGCGGAGACGGAGGCCGCGGUGAAGGCCGCCUACGAAGCCGGCGCAGCUUGGAGCGCAGCUUCUGCCAAGGAUAGAGCGGUUUUGCUUCGUAAAUGGUAUGAUUUGAUGAUAGAGAAUAAAGAUGAGCUUGCAAGGAUCAUUACAGCAGAAAAUGGAAAACCACUGAAGGAAGCCGAAGGGGAAAUCUUGUAUUCAGCUUCUUUCUUGGAAUGGUUUGCUGAAGAAGCCCGGCGUAUUUAUGGUGAUAUUAUUCCACCUUCAGCAAAAAACAGGAGAGUCCUUGUUUUGAAGCAGCCUGUGGGAGUUGCAGCCAUCAUUACACCUUGGAAUUUUCCAAGCGCUAUGAUUACCCGGAAAGUAGGUGCUGCUUUGGCAGCUGGCUGUACAGUAGUAGUGAAGCCAGCUGAAGACACACCUUUAUCUGCCUUAGCACUAGCCGAGCUUGCAAAUCAGGCUGGAAUUCCUGCCGGAGUAUAUAAUGUUGUUCCAUGUUCCAGACAACAGGCAGCAGCUGUUGGAGAGGUGCUUUGUACUCAUCCCUUGGUAGCCAAAAUCUCAUUUACUGGCUCAACAACUACAGGAAAGGUAUUGCUACACCAUGCUGCUGGCACGAUAAAGCGGGUUUCCAUGGAGCUCGGAGGACAUGCUCCUUUCAUAGUCUUUGACAGUGCUGACGUAGACAAAGCAGUUGCUGGAGCUUUAAUUUCUAAAUACAGAAAUUCAGGGCAGACCUGUGUAUGCGCAAACCGCUUCUUGGUGCAGAAAGGAAUCCAUGAUGAAUUUGUCAAGAAGUUUGCCCAAGCCAUUGAGAAGGAACUAUGUAUUGGCCAUGGAUUUGAUGAAGGGACUACCCAAGGGCCAUUAAUUAAUGAAAGAGCAGUAGAAAAAGUUGAAAGUCACAUUGAUGACGCAGUGUCCCAAGGUGCAUCCAUAAUUACCGGAGGAAAAAGGCACAGUUAUGGGAAAAAUUUCUUUGAGCCAACUCUGCUUUGCAAUGUGUCAACAAAUAUGUUAUGUACACAAGAGGAGACUUUUGGGCCUUUGGCUCCAGUUAUCAAAUUUGAUACAGAGGAGGAAGCACUCGCCAUUGCAAAUUCAGCCAAUGUGGGUUUAGCAGGCUAUUUCUAUUCUCAAGACCCAGGCCAGAUUUGGAGAGUAGCUGAGAAGCUGGAAGUUGGAAUGGUCGGCGUUAACGAAGGGAUUAUAUCUUCUGUGGAGUGUCCAUUUGGUGGGGUCAAACAAUCCGGGCUAGGAAGAGAAGGUUCUAAAUACGGUAUUGAUGAGUACUUAGAAAUAAAAUAUGUUUGUUUGGGAGGUUUACAAUAGCCGUUGUUAGCACAAUAGACAAACUAGGACUAUAGUUUUGGCCUUUCGUUGGCUUUCCUUAGCAAGCUAACUUGGAUUUUUUUUUUCGCUUUUCCUAAAAUAACUGUGAUCAGGUUUACGUGUAGCAAUGUCUGUACUUGAAAUUAUGUCAGUACAUAUAAAACAGUUCUUCAUAUUUACAUUGUGAUCACAAAUGUUAGUAUUAUCUAUCUUGGUCCUAAUGUGGAAACAAAUCCUAAGUGCUGUUGACCUUUGGAAGAAUUUGGAAGACCGUAUUAAUAUUUUUGGAACAAAUAGGGCAGCAUUGCUACUAAUUUUUUCUCAUAUGUGCAGUGCUUUUUUUCAAAAAAAAAAAAAAAAAAAAAGGUGCC